AUGGGGUUUCUGACUGAUCAUCCUCACACUGCUAUAACUGAUACUAUUGAUCGAAUUGUGUCGUCAGAUCAAUUCACGCUGGAAGUGGAACUGGCGUCAUUGAUUCAGACGAUCAAGUCAAGUAAAGACUAUACUUAUUCUAAUAACCAGGAUGAAGCCGCACGUAGCAUUAGGAAGAAACUCAAGUAUGGGAACAAAUUGCAACAGAUCAGAGCGCUGGAGCUGUUGAACCUGUUUGUGUCGCAGGGGGUAAAAUUUUCCGUAAUGUACAACGAUAGCAAGUUACUAGACCGGUUGGAAGUAAUCGCACUCAACUCUGGGACGGAUUCGAGGGGGCAGCACUAUAAUCAGCUAAUUGUGAAGAAGUGUGUUGCGUACGUGCUUGGAUGGUAUGAGUUUGCCCGGCAACAGGGUCAAUCGCGCACUUAUGAGGGCCUUUUGCAACUGGGCAAGACUGUUCAGCGCAAGUACUCACUCAAACGUCGCAAUAAAAGCGAGGCUAGAAGUCGUAGAAACUUCAUGAAUGAUGAGGCAGAUGCCUCUGUCUACUCUGCUAAUCCCGACGUCAGGUACGGCAUACCCCAGAUUGACAUGCAAUCAGAAGGACCCAAGAUUCGGCUCUUGAUUAGUGAUUCUUUAGCUACUUCUGUUUCGUUGAAAAACUCGCUUAUGAUGCUUCCUUCUGGAGUCCGAAGCACGGAGGAUGAAGAGGCAACUGCCAAAUUCAUUCAAGCCCGUGCAAUGCGCCGUAAAGUUCUUCGCUAUCUGCAACUGGUGACGGAGGGCGAGUUUUUGGGCAGUUUGAUCCAUGCCAAUGAGGAACUGGUUGAGGCAUUGACCAAGUACGACAAACUUGGCGGUGAUGUUGACGAUGAUGACGAGAUCACACUUUCAGAUGAUGACGACGAAGAGGAGGACAACGUGUCCGAGUCAUCAUCAGCUGUGUCAGCAGUUCCCGAAACCUACGACAAUAACGAUCCCUUUGGUGAUCAAAACAGAAUCUAA